AUGAAGCUGCAUUUUGGAUGUUACGAAGGGACAUGGUGCGAGGAGCAGAAUGCCUUUCCGAGUGAAAUCUUGGCCAAUGCCUCCCUGGCCCGCAUCUGCUACCCGCGUCCGUUAAAGACCUACAUCCUCGGCAAGGGCAGAUACAAGCCGUGGUGCACCGAUCCUCACGGCAAUCAGUUCGAGCCGAGGAAUGUGGCGAGUUGGGGAUGUAUGGUACUGCCGUUCUGCAAACUGGACCAACCAGGAGAAUUCGAUGAACAAAAAUACCUGAGACCUGAAAAGAUGGAUUGGUGCGACGCGGAGAAGUCGACUCACAAAGACCCGUGGUCACUCAACCCACCGUGCAAUCCGAUUCCGCAGUGUCGAGGAAAUGUCGAAGGACGUGCUCCGGAUACGAGGGAUUGGCGCAAGAAUCUGCUGUACUACCAGAAAAAUGUCGCCGGUGUCCCAUGCGUCGUCUACAAGCAGUGCAGUGCUUUGACGGAAGAGGAGAGGCUGAAAUACCAUUGCGUCGGCUCAAUCAUGACAACAAGUACGACAAAAGCCUCGACGACGACAACGGCAAAGACGACUGCAAAGACAACGACAGAGAAACCGAAUGACGGGCUGGGGGAUGAGGUCAUCUUGAUUGCAGCCUUGGGUGGCGGCCUCUGCGUGUUCAUCAUCGUGAUCAUCAUCGUGUUGUGCUGUUGUCUGAAAAAGAAGGACAAGGGCCCGAAGGGCAAGAAGCCGAUUGUCGAUGACAUGAUGAACGUCGGCGCUGGCUCGGCGGUCGUCGACCUCGACGUGACGCCGAUCAGCAACACCGAGGAGGGAGCAACGGAUGCUAGCGAAAGCACUGGCGCAAAGUGUAAGUGCUCUGCGAUAUUU